AGGGUAUAUUUUAUAAAUUCUUGACUAUCAUUACCUUUAUUCUGUUGAAAUAAAUCAAACAUGGAGCCAAUGCUUCUUGGUAGCCCAAUUUCUCCUGGAAGUGCUAGCAGUCCUGGUGCACCAAGCACGCCUGCAGCUUCUUUUCUCCCAUCAUUCCUACUUGGAGACACUAACCUUAAUUGCCGCAUAGCCCCCUCAAGCAGCAGCCCAGGAAGCAGCCGGCAUCAUUAUGGCAGUGGAGGGCACCCAGGGCAGUUGUCACCUAACACAUCAAGCAGGGAUAUGAUGCUUAAUUACUCCUCUAGACUUGAGAGAGCAGCUGCUGAACGUGGGCCUCCAGUCCAGAGUCUAGGCCGGUCCCCUGCUCCCUCGAGUGUCAGACUCCACAGCCCUAUGCCUGAUCAUCUUGUGCGCACUCAUACUCCAAUGGGCAGCCCGGCUACACCGAUGCGGGGAUCACACCAACCUUCUGAAAGUUUCCUUAACUCGUCACUUAUUUCAUACGAGGUGCAUGGAGAGUCUGCGGCAGCCUCGACAGGGUCAUGCGAGUGGGUGACGGUGUUUGGCUUCCCUGUGGCCUCAGCAUCGUUUAUCCUCACACAAUUUGCUCAAGUCGGCACCAUAGCUGACCAGAGGUUACCAGGAUCGGGUAACUGGAUGCAUCUAAGAUACCAGACGCCCUUGGAAGCGCGAAAAGCUCUCGCACUAAACGGAAAAAUUCUCAGCAGCAGCAUCAUGAUUGGCGUCAUUCCGUGCACUGACGCGAGUCUUUUGGCUAGCACAACUAAAAAUCUACCGCUGGCUUCAUCUGUUAGCGUGGGAAACACUAGUGCCUCGUUUGCAGUCAAUUCCCCUAAAGCUGGCAUCCGAUCCCUGACUCAGUCAUAUGCUGUUACUCCAACAGACAAUCAGGUGUUGACUGCUGCAAGUACGCCUAAGAAGAACGAUAGCUUCAUGUCUAAAGCGAUGCAACACAUAUUAGGAGUCUGAUCAGUUUCAGGCUCUAUUUCCUGCCAUGCGAGGAAGCGCGAAUAGUCAUUUCAUUGAUCUUGAAUUGCCAUAGAAAUUUGAAUGAUAAUUUUAUUUACUUCCAUGGUAAGAUAUUUUACUGUUGAUUCUUCUCUUCACAGAUUCACAAACUUGAAUACUAGGUGAUGCAAGUUAAAAAACUACCUAUUAUGUCAUAUAAAAAAUAAAUCCUUCAACUGUGAUGUCCUUUUCAAGGCUAACUUUUUUAUCUUCUGUAUGUAAUAUCCAAAAAUUUUGUCUGAACAUUGACCAUACAAAUAUAAGUUGAAUCAUAGAAUUUUUCUCUUUAAUAAGUUUAUUGAUAGACACGUGGAUGGAUGCCCUGUGGGAAGUAAUCCCAAAAAAGACCCAGUAUUUACUUUACUAGAUCAUUUUCGUAAAUGUGACGAACGUGUAAUCAAUGCGAAGCAAUUUUUAGCUUUUCUCCUUCACAGUGCCUUGUGCCGUUGUGGUGGCCAACAAUUUCUCAUAAGUUUUCAUAACUUUGAAUAAAUAGUUCAUCCCA